GACUGUGCGACAUACUUGAUACCUAUGUUAAUCUCCGUCCAAUAGCCUUCUUGUCUUUACAAUAGAGGAUUAGCCCGUUCAACGUAUUCUUUAUGGAUGAUCUGUUUUCUAUAUACCCUAAACAAAAAAGUCAGGGGAAAUAAUAGCGUAUUUGACGGUAUAUGGAUAUUAAUCAAAGAGCGCCUAUGCAGGUAACCAACUGUGCGUUGCCAACGGAGAUACACGGUGUUUGAGACGGGAAGGAACUCGGUAUCGUGUCUUAUACCUUGGAACCGUAUUACAGGGUAACAGAAAAAGGACUUUAAGGAUUUUAGGGACAUAGUGGAUACAUAAGGAAUAAAUAUGUCACAGGUGGGCGUCCGACCGGCGUCCCAGAUGAGUACGGGAAGAAUGGGGGUUACGUUACCCCAGAUUCAACACCCGAUGUCCCGAAUGAGCAACCCCGGUGAUAUGGAACUACGAGGGGUCUCGAGGUCCGGAGACAGACCAAUGUCGAACCCGGGUCGGCCGCUCGCUAACGAGUCUCAUUAUCCCGUCAGGAAGUCGAUGAGUGCCCUGUCGGGCAGGGACAGUCGGCAAGCAAGUCGUCUCGGUCGGGAGAACGUACCCCCACCCAUGGCGAUUGACAGUAUACCCGAGGGGGUGGAGGUUACAUUUGGAGAUCCUAGCAAAACUAGAAUGCCUAUUUUCGGCCGCACCUCCGAUAGUAACAAGGCUGAUGUUACAUCCCGGCCAGAUUUGCCACCGAGCCGAGCCAGCUCCCGUUUGUCCACAGCAUCCGCACAGGCACGGCUUGAAAUAGAUGAAUUGGAAAUGUUGUUACGACAGAGGAUGAGGGGAAAUUUCUUUGAAAUAAGAAAGCAGUUUCAAAAUAACGACCCUGAAGGGAAAGGGAACGUUUCAAGGGAAGCGCUGUACAGAAUUUUGAUGACGGUAUUAGGUCGGCAGUUGACACAAAACCAGUUCAUGAAGUUGCUGGAGAGACUGGGAUUCAAUAACAAAGUUGUUAUUAACUACACAGAGUUCUUCUCACUGUUCCGUAAGAUGAACGAGGAAGACUCAUCCUUCCCGAAGUGGAUGGACCCCGUACAGAGAACCCACCUUGAGAAAGCCUGCAUGUCUUCUGAACAGGUCCACCAACAACUCAAAGAAAAGGCAAAACAGAGGGUGAUGGACGUGGCGGAGCUUAUCCCGCAGAUGAAUCCAGGUGGUAGUGGCCGCAUCAUGAAACCAGAACUCAGACAGCUCCUUAACCGACUUAUGUUCUACAUGGAUGACAUUGAAUUCGAAAAACUCUGGAAUAAGUAUGACCCUGAUGCAUCGGGUACAAUUAGUGGAGAGAAGUUCAUGAGAAAACUGGGUAUCACAUUCACCAAUGGUGCAGCUGAAAACGGUAGAUUGUCACCUAUAGCAGAAUCAGAUCUACGAAAACUAAAAAUCUCAGAUCGCAGAGUGGUUGAGGAAUUCAAAACACUAAGUAGUAAGUCGAGCGCACUGACGAGGUACAUGCAGUUCAUGCAAUAUUUAGAACAGCGCAGUAAGCGUACUCCACGCCGGAAGGAGGUUGAGAGACGCAAUCAGUUGGAUAUAGAACGCUGGCUGAAAAAUAAGUUCAGGGAAGGCUUCUCUACCAUGAGGGAAAGUUUCGAGGCCAAAGAUCCAAAGAAUGAAGGCUCUGUUGGUUUCGACGAUUUCCUAGAAGUUCUGGGGAACUAUGGUCUAAAACUUGAGAAGAAAUACCUAGCGGCGUUCCUGUCUAGAUGCAGCGUUUCAGCCAAUAAGAACGGCACCAUCCCGUACAGAGAGUUCCUGCACAGGUUCCAGGACCGCAGCGAGAAGGGCAUGACCCAUACCAUUCUUACUGAUAACAAACACAGGCUAGUGAGACUGUUCAACAAUGAUCAGAAGUCCGAGAAUGGUUCAAACCUGAGUGCUAUCGAGGGACAGCUUAUGAAUAUGUUCCAGAGAGACUUUUUGGCACUCCUAGGAACAUUUAAGAGUAUAGACAAACUUGAGACAAAUGUGAUCAGCCAGGAAGAGUUCCGUGCCGCUAUGGAGAGCCGCUUCAACCUUACACUGACAGACGAACAGUUCGAUGGAUUUGUUGACAGAAUUCCUCUUGAUGAAGAUGGAAACGUUAAAUAUACAGAUUUCAUGCAGCAGUUUGACACGAGAGGUAUGGCCCCAAGCUUAUUCCCGUCCAAAGAGAACGAUACCAGGAAGAUAGUAAAAGUUGGACCACUGCCAGAAGACCCGCCAAAACCAAUGGAGCCGACAACCCAGAGAUCGGACAUGGGUGAAUAUAUCACCUUUGACGAGCCUCCGCUUAUAGACGAUAGUGUACCUAAACGGUCGCCACAAGAAAUGUUCAGAGUGAUAAAGGAUUUACUCAAUAAAAAAUUCAAUGAGGUUGAAAAUAUGUUCUUCCAGUUAGAUGAAAUAAAUUCAAUGAGGAUGUCACAAGAACAAAUGUUCCAGUUACUAAGAAGAUUCCCUGAAAUUAGACCGGAAGUAACGAGAGGAGAAAUCCGGGAUCUGUGGAAAACAUUUAUCACGAACAAGGAUAAAACAUUGGAUUAUUACGAGUUUGUCCGCCAUUUUGGUUUCUCGAAGACGUCUGCUGCUUUCCCGAAUGCGAAGCGAGUACCACCACGACACGGUGAUGCAGAUUUCAUGAUUCGCUCCCGGAAGUUGAAUUGUGCUGCCGAUAUGCUGCAGGACAGCUUGAGGUCAAAGAUUGACUACAUGUGGGAAGACCUUCGUAAAGAGUUUGUUGGUAUGGAUCCUUAUGGUAUAGGAUAUGUAUCCCAGGACGAGUUCCGCGAUGUACUCAAGGAACUGUGUGUACACCUCAGUGAGUUCGAGCUAGACACGCUGACACGAAAAUUCGAUAUAAAGAAAGAUGGAAGAGUAUCAUAUAUAGAAUUUUUGAAGCCAUUUGCUCUACGGAAGCAGAUCUGGCGUCAUGGAAACAACAUGUUAUCACUGCUGCAGCAUCCCCAGGCUGAACUACCUGUCAGUGAUAUAGUAGAACCACCACAGAAAGGUCUUCAUGGCCUCACUGCAAAACUCAGACAAAAGCUGGCAGGUGAUUGGAAGAACCUUCGUCGUGCGUUCCGGAAGUUGGACAAGACAAACAAUGGUUACUUGUCCGUUCCGGAAUUCAGGUCGGUGCUCAAACUUGCAAACGUGAUAUUGGAUGAGGACGAAGUUUACCAUGUUCUCAACAGGUUCGAUCACAACAUGUCUGGAAAAAUACAGUACGAGAAAUUUAUUGAAGAGACAUUCAAACCAGAAACAAGACAUAGUGUACGACCUGUGUGAAAAUGACUCCCUUGGUUUUAGCCAGUAUUAUUUGAAUUAUAGUGUAUAUAUCUAAACACUUUUGUCUCAUCCUAAACUUUUUGUGACAUUGAUAUUUGAAAAAAUUGGUCUCGUCGAUUGUUGAUGCAAGUCGCAUGCAUGAAUACACUAUUUUUCCUUGGCUAUGAUACUAUUUUCACUUUCAGUAUUUCAUGUAUAUGUUGUAAAGAUAAAUCUGAUAUAAAAUUUUCAGGCUAUAGGCCGAAACGUUGAAGAGAAUGUAAUUCUGCAUUCUUAUUUGAAUUAUGGUAGAUUUCAUGCUUUAUGAAUCUGGUUGUGUUCUAUAAUGAAUGCCUGCACGAGAGAUUGUGGUAAGCUUAUGUGACCAAGGUUGCACAUAGAGAUAUGUUUCUCCUUAAUGUGACUGCACGUGUAUUUGCGUAAUGACUCGGGCAGAUGCUCAGUGGCAGAAUUCAUCUGAAUAAAAGCAGACUCAAUUUAUGUAAUGAGAUGUGAAAUUAUUAUAGGGCUUUACUUCCAUCUGCAUACAUUGCUUGCAGGGGAACUGUUUUUGUUUACCAUAGAACGGUCAAAAUAUUCCGUCCGUCUUUUUAAAGUGAUAGAAAGUUUUACAUUUUUACUCUGCCGUUCCAUUUUAUUCCUAUGUAAUAUUAUAAGUAUUUUAUAUACACUGACUAGCUGUGAUUAAUGUGUGAUAAAAAUGUUUGUUAUUUUAUUGUUGUUGUCAUUAUCAUUUUUCUUCAUUAAGCUAUUUACUAUUCCGAGUGUAUUAUUUAGUCACAUAUUGUAAUAAAACACGUAUUUUAUCAAAGCAUAAAACAUUUAUGUUGGCUGAUUUUGUUAGAUUGGCUGGUACUGAAAUAAAGCUAUUUAAUCUUUAGCCUGCUAAAUUUCUAAAAUGGACCAGUCUGUCAUUCAGUUUGGGCAAUGCCAUUUAUUAUUUGAAGGGGUGUUCACAGAACAUUUACUGACUGAAUAGCGAACAGUGCAUGACCAUGAUCAGCCUGCACGGACGUGCAGGUUGGUCUUGGUCUGCACUGGUCGCAAAGGCAGAAAGGCAUUUGCCGCCAGCAGGCUAAAGGUUAAGCAUAUUCAUCAACAUUUAAACAGGAAAUUCAUUUACAUUUACAAUUAUUGCCUAGACAACUGCGUAUAACAAUUUGAGAACUCGAAGCACAGUAUUAAGUAAAAUAAGGGUACGUUUUUAGAUGUUUAUGUUUUAAGAAACAACUGUUAUUUACUGAUACAUAGUUUAUAAUGUGUGUUACUCUUACUGUAAGUAUAUAGAUAUAUGUUAUAAGAUAGUUUUACUAUCAUUUAUCCUUUUUGUUUGUUACACAUUCUACCUUCUUACAUUUCACUUAGUACAUGACAUUCGAAGACUUGGGUAUUUUCUUCAGUCAUCUAUUUAUUAAAACAAGUUGAAGUUCUUCCUUUUCCAAACAUUUCUGUGAAUGACAUUUAAUUGAUAUAUGAUCCAGAAUCUGUGAUAGUUUUCUGUUUGCAGUUUUACAACUCUAUCAAGCACUAACAGUGUCAGUUUACAAAUAAAGUCAUGUAUAAAGUGA